AUGUCUACCACAACAACAACAACAACAACAACCGCGGAGCCGAUCACGGCCGAUUCGAUCCUCCGCCUUUUCCCGGACAUCGACACCAGUGGAGCAGCUCUCGAGGGCCACGAUGAGGAACAGAUUCGUUUGAUGGACGAGGUCUGCAUCGUCCUAGACGAGAAUGACCUGCCAAUCGGGACUGCGAGCAAGAAGCUUUGUAAGUGUUCCUGUUAUGCCACCCCCGAAACCGAGCGGUGGGGUGAGAAUGAGGCCUCCUGCACAGAGCCUUUCUCCGUCUUCAUUUUCAACGAUAAGAACGAACUGCUCCUGCAGCAGCGCGCCUCGGAAAAGAUCACCUUCCCGGACAUGGGGACCAACACCUGCUGCUCGCACCCCCUCAACGUGUCCAACGAGACCGGCUCCACCCUCGAGGAUGCCGUCCGUGGCGUCCAGAAUGCCGCACAGCGGAAAUUGGAUCACGAGCUGGGUAUCAAGAAGGAGCAGUCGAUUACAUCCUUCUUCAUCAAGGCCAACGUCGAUCUCGACCCCAGCGAGAAUGAGGUGCAGGCCACCCAAUACGUCUCACCCGACCGUCUGAAGGCAAUGUUUGAGGACCCGACCCUCAAGUUCACUCCCUGGUUCAAGCUCAUCUGCAACUCGUUGCUCUUCGACUGGUGGAAGCACCUCGACUCCGGGCUCGAGAAGUACAUGAACGAGCAGGAGAUCCGCCGGAUGUGA